AUGGCCGCCGUGCGCUCGGCCAGAGCCAUGCUUCCGCAGCAGCCCCUCCUCCGCGCCCGCCAGCUUGGCUCCGUACAUUCCCGCAGGCAGCUGAGCUCCUACCUCGUGUCGCCCAAGGAGCUGGCGGAAGCCCUCAAGAAGAGUCCGCCCUCGCCAAUCAACUCGGAGCCUCGUGUCAUUCCCCUCUGCGCCGCCUGGUUCCUCCCGAAUGACGAGCGCAAGGGCAUCGAGGCCUUCCGCCAGCAGCGUAUCCCACGUGCCCGGUUCUUCGAUCUCGACAAAUACAUCGACAAGCACAGUCCCUACCCACACAUGCUCCCCACGGCCAAAGUCUUCGCUGAGGCCAUGAGCGAGCUGGGCAUCCGCAAGGAGGACACCGUGGUGGUCUACGACACAAAGGAGCUGGGCAUCUUCAGCGCUCCCCGUGUUGGCUGGACUCUCAAGGUCUUUGGACACGACAAGGUACACGUCCUCAACAACUUCAAGCUUUGGGUCGAGGAGGGUCUGCCCACCGAGUCUGGCGAGCUCUACAGCGUGGAAUGUAACCCAUACCCCAUCCCUAAAGUGGAGGCGGAGCAAGUAGCCUCCUUCGAGGAGCUCAAAGAGAUCGCCAAGGACUACAACAAGGAGGGUUCGGAAGGCGUACAAGUCCUCGAUGCCCGGCCGAACGGCAGGUUCACAGGAAAGGAUCCGGAGCCUAGAGAGGGACUCUCGUCCGGACACAUGCCAGGCUCAAUCAACAUUCCAUUCAGUGCGGUGCUUGAUCCCACCACCAAGGCCUUCUUGCCUAAGGAUCAACUCCGGAAAUUGUUUGAGGAGAAGGGCGUGGACCCGACAAAACCCAUCAUCUCGACGUGUGGCACAGGAGUCACUGCGGUAGUCAUCGACACCGCACUUGAGGAGGCUGGUUAUGGCUCACCAGAUAGCCGCAGGAUCUACGAUGGCAGCUGGACGGAAUGGGCUCAAAGAGUGAAACCUCAAGAGUCACUCAUCAUCAAGGAUGACUGA